UUCGAGGCAGUGCCGUGAAACCAGCAGCAGUGAGGCGCAGUCAGAUCUUUUAUCACAGCCCCUGUCCGUUUGUAAGUAGUUCAGACCGCCGCGAUUAUUAUUAUUCUUAUUAUUAUUUUCCACGCUUCUAUGGCUUUGCACUUUGUUGGACUUUUCGUAUACCACUUACACAUGUGCCCACGCCUGGUGUAGUAAAAGAGAGGCGGCCCGUUUUGUGUGUUUGCAAAAGGUUUUCACUGUUUUCAUCGAUUUGCAUCUGUUAAACAAAAAGGAUCAUCCAGAGGGGAGCUGGUGAUGUGAGGUGUGAGGAGAUAAGAGGAAGAAGACGGAGAAGAGAAGCCUGAACACAGUAGAGCACUGUGGAGAGAGAGGGAGAGAGAAAAAGGAGAGAAGAGAAAGGCCUGAGAGGCAUUCAUUUAUUUGGGCGUCAUGGGGAAACAGAACAGCAAGCUGCGGCCGGAGGUGCUCAACGAUCUGCGUGAGAACACUGAGUUCAGUGAGCAUGAGCUGCAGGAGUGGUAUAAGGGCUUCCUAAAGGACUGCCCUACAGGUCACCUCACUGUGGACGAGUUCAAAAAAAUCUAUGCCAAUUUUUUUCCAUACGGAGACGCCUCCAAAUUUGCCGAGCAUGUCUUCCGAACAUUCGACAUUAAUGGUGAUGGGACUAUCGACUUCAGAGAGUUCAUCAUCGCACUGAGUGUCACGUCACGUGGGAAACUGGAGCAGAAGCUGAAGUGGGCCUUUAGUAUGUACGACCUGGAUGGCAAUGGCUACAUCAGCCGAGCGGAGAUGCUGGAAAUCGUACAGGCAAUCUAUAAAAUGGUUUCAUCUGUAAUGAAGAUGCCAGAGGACGAGUCCACACCAGAGAAGAGAACUGAUAAGAUUUUCAGACAGAUGGACACCAAUAAAGACGGAAAGAUUUCUCUGGAGGAGUUUAUUAAAGGUGCCAGGAGCGACCCCUCAAUUGUCCGCCUCCUUCAGUGUGACCCGAGCAGCGCCAGUCAGUUCUGAGCGGAGCAACCACAGUGCACUCUAAUAGUGUUCACUCGAAUCCAGAGUGAACAUGGUGAGUGUUUGUGUAAGCGUAAGAAUGUGAUUGUUGUAGUUAUCAUCACAUUUACUUAUUUGUCUGUGGCAUUAGGGACCAAUUUUGAAAUGUGAAUGCUAAGUGGAAGCCAGUGAGCACUUAUAUCAGUCCUACUACCAGUCACUUUGACUAAAAACUACCACUGGUUAUGGACUGGGAAUAUAGUGUUGUUUAUAUAUUGUGUAUGUGUGUAUUAUAACAGAAGGUCAUAAUGGGAAAUGGUUAGCGAAAAGUAGUACUGUUUAGGAUUAUGUUCAUUUUGAUGAGCAGUGAAUAAUCAGCCCUGAAAGUAAAGGCCUGGUUUGCUAACAUUUUUAAUAAAGAAGCUAAUUUGUGUGUGUAAUCUACUAAACUGCACACUGAGCUGAUGGGUAUUUUAUGGGUGAUUUACAAAGAGUUAUUGCAUAAAAUGAUUUUCUGUUGAUGGCUGAGGUGAGUUCGGAUCUCAGACAGACUCCCAGGAACAUAAGUAUGAAAACUAGAUGUCGUAUUAGCCGCUGUUGCAAACUACUUUCAUACGUCAAUGUCCCCAUUAAAUCAUCACGGGUCAGAAUCAGUCACAAACCAAUGCAAGACUAUAAAGAGGUGCAAAUCUACCCUGGCAAAUAUCAAACAAAAAUUUGCUUUGCUACAGACAGGUAAUAUAAAUGCAAAUAUCCAUGCAUGCUGAUUUACCAUAGCUACUAGAAACUCGGGCAAAACAUUGGGAUGUAGAUGAAACAUAAAUGUACAAUGAGACAGAAGUGAUCAUAAACCAACACCUGUCUGUCUUCAGCAAGCAUUUUACUGCUACUGAUACUUUUAAAUCUCCUAACACCGAUUAAAAACUAUUAUAAUAGGCUUAUAAUAAAUCAGAUUAGAGAUUCCAGGAGUUACUUUUUAAAUCCACAUGACCCACCAGGAACCAGGACGUACAAGAUAAUAUAAAAAUCACAAAGUAUAAGCUUCAUGUAACAAUAACAGUUUAAAAAUGUUGCUUAUAAAUUCAUAACAUAAUGUAAGCUAAAACAAAAGCAAUCUCAAGCUAGCUUAGUUAUAUCAUGAUGAACCCAGCACUCAAACACAAAUCCAACUGCAAAACUAAUCUUAUUAAACUUGACAUGACCUAGCAAAUAUUAAGUCCAUUAACUCUACUGUAUUCUGUUCUGUUUUCACUUGGUCUCAAUUACAUACUUAGCCAAAGAGAAGCUAAGUAAGGAAUAAUGUACAGCGAGCCGGUCAUUAUAACGAAAUAAGCUAUAAUGACCAGCUCACUGUACAUUAUACCACUUAUUACUAGGCUACUUACUAAAUAAAUCAAUUAUUUGACAUGAAAUAUUGAUUUUAAAUUAUUUUAUUGAUUUAAAAAUUAUUAUUUUUAUGCUUCUGCUAAAAAGUAGUCCGUUAGAUUCUACAGUUGGAUCUGUGCCCAUAGCAACAUAAAAUCUGUAGCCUUCUUAAGAUUACUUAGUAUUAUAAUUCAUGUUAAACUGAACAUUUCUGUUGAUGGUGUUUUCUGAUGGAGUAACCUUUUUUGCCACAGGGUGUCGCAAAUGAGCAGGCAUUGUUAACUUUAUUAUUAAAGCAGCAAAAUUGACUGGACUUCUUUCUGCAGAUUGAUGUGAUUAGACUUAGUCCUCUAGAGUCUAUGAUCCGAACUAUGUCUAUAGAGGACUUUUACAUGACGUUAUCGCAGCUGCGGAUUUGUUUACGCAGCCAUAUUGCCAGGCAAGCUUUGUGUUUGCCAGUGACCGGCACAAGUGUAUGUGAGUAAUUAUAAGCCAAAUUCAGUACAUCUGCAGAUAAACUUGUAAAAGAACAAUGCCAGAGACCUGUAGUGCUUUUGGAUGUAAUAACAGAUGUGGACAUAGGCCUGGUUUAACUUUUUUACCGCUUCCUGGCGAACCCAGUAAGAUGAGGAAAAAUAGCGAGCUGCAGUUAAACAGGAAGACUGGAUGAUAAAACAUCCCUGUGUGUGUGUGUGUGUGUGUGUGUGUGUGUGUGUGUGUGUGUGUAGAACAUUUUAUAUCAGGUUAUUGUGAGAGCUCUGUGCAACGUUAAAAUGUAGAUCUGGAUGUAGGCUUUGAACUCGAUAUAUUUUAUUAGACCUAAUACUUGACUAGACUAGCAGCAUGUUUGUUAUGUACUGAUAAUGUAGACGAGGCUAAACACCAUCAAAUAUGCUAGAUCUAGGCCCUGGCUUGUUUAUUACUAUUAGAAAUCCAUGUUUGAGCUUACCUUUGUCUUUCUUUGUCUUCAGGAAUUUCCCAUAACAUUCCGGUAUGCACGAAACCUGCCUUGAAAUAUUGGUAGGCAUCUGUACUUUUGUUUGCCUUUAGCAUCUCUCCAAUGUAUUUAGAAGUCCCAAAUACUAAAUAGUUCAGGGUGUCAUAGUGCCCCAAAUUCGGUAGCUGGUUUGCUGUACACUUUUCAAGUGGAAUAAAUACAUUUGUGGGUAAAUUAAGAAGAAGUCGUCUUUACUUUUGUGCACGCACACAGAGAGAGCGAGAGAGAGAGAGCAGUGUGUGGAAUAAAUAAUAAAUAAAUACAUUUGUGGGUAAAUUAUAUGGAUCAGUGAUGCCUGCAUGUUUCAGCUUUUGGAUGUAACAUGAUCUGCUGAUAUAUAUAAUUUCAGAGAGAUUGUACUGACUGCAGUCAUCUCAAUUUUCUUCAUUACCUGUCAUGGCUAUGGUUCUUUGUUUGCCUGGCAAUAUGGCGGAUGCUACAUGAUAAACAAAAAUCUGUGAUGUCAGUGAAAGUCCUCUGUAGCAACCGUCUGUUACUCAUAGCAGCGUGCUGCUAUUCAGAAAUAAAAGACAUAAUCACAGAAUGCCGUCACUGACCAAUCAGAAUCGAGUAUUCAAUCAAGUCAUGGAAUAAACAGUAAUAAAAUAUGUUUCUCCUGUUAAAAAAAUUUUUUGUUCUCUUAAUUUGAGGUGUCAGUGAUUCUUAUAUCUAAAUGUUGCAUAGUGUGCUGGGUUACCAAAACUUUUCAUAGCUGCUCUAAUCUCACUUCCAUGACAAAAACCUGGAAAUCUGGCCUCCGGAAAGUUGUCUCUGCCAAGAGGGGUGAAAUGUAACCCAAAAUGACAUCUGGAUUUCUUGUAUCAUAGCUCAGAACAGUAAACACACAUGUAUCAUUGCCAUGGAUAUGUACAGUAUAAUUGUACAAGCAGGUAUAGAGCUGGUUAAAGGCAGUGAUGUAGUUGAUACUGGAGGUACAAAUGUGACUUUGGCAGUAUUUUCAGUCAGUGAGACAUAUGCUGUGUGUGAAAUCUCAGAUUGAUUCCUUUCAUACAAUGCCUUGCAGAAGUAUCUACCCCCUUUGAAUGAGGGGAGAGUUUAAGAAUAAAUCCAAUAGAAUGAUUAAGUUCUAAAUGCUGAAUGAUAUCAAGACAUCUUGUUUUAAUUUUCAGGUAUAACUUUUUUUUUAAUUCAUUAUUUUACAUGUUAAGUUGGAGAGUGCUUUGUGCAUGUUCAUAAAAUUUUGGCUGAAAAUGCAAAUGUUUUUAUAGAAUCAGAUUUUUUUCACAUUAUUCAGCUUGCAAUGUGGAAUGGUCUUAUUUAAACUGGUUUUUA